GCCGGCGGCGGGCGAGGCGCAGGAGGGCGACGCGGGCUUCUGCGGCGCCCACCUUACCUUGGCGAAGUAGAGCAUCCAAAGCUCGUAGAGCCGCUCCCGGGAAGCCAUGCCGGGCCGGCACGGCUCGGAACGGCUCGGAACGGCUCGGCACGGCACGGCACGGCACGGCACGGCACGGCACGGCACGGCGAGGCGGCCAGCUCCGCCUCCCCCCCCAUCACCGGGCCCUCCCCCAGGUACGGGGGGGCUGUCACCGCCUCCCCCCGGUACCGGGCACCUGACGGACGGGCGAGGCUUUUGCCCAGCGCUGUUUUUGGCUGCCCCCCCCCGCGGCCGGGGGUAAAAGGAGCCGUGGGAAAACGUAACAUGCGCCCCCCCAGGAAUUACCCCCCGUUAAACCAGCUUGCGCGCCGCAAGAAGACGGAGGAAUAAACCUAUCUGCUCGCAGAAGGAUGAUUUGGGGAUUAUUUUACCUUUCAGGGCGUUUUUUUAACGAUUUUUAAUGUUUUUGUGCCCCCCCCCCCCCCAGUCUUUAUCUGCGCCCCCCCCAUCGCGCCCAUCGAUGCGUUCCAGCCCAUCGAUGCGCUCGGCGCUCUGCCGGUCGGCGCAUGCGCGCCGCGGGGUGCGAGGCGGUGGGCGGGAAGGAAGGAAAAAUGGCGGCGCCCGGUGCGGCGGUAGAAAAGGAGGAGGACGGGCCGGUGCUGGGGAGGCUGGAGGAGGAGGCGAAGCGGCGGCGGGAGAGGUUGCGGGCUCUGCGGCAGCGCACGCUUCAGGACAAGGACAGUGGUGAGCCUGAGAGCAAGCACCUCAGAGAAGAUGAAGAGGAGGAGAACGACAAGCACAAGGAGCUCAAGCUGCGAAACUAUGAGCCUGAGGAUGAGGAGCUGAAGAAGAGGAAGAUGCCCCAGGCCAGGCCAGCUCCAGUGGAAGAGAUGGUGAAGGACCAGCUGGAGGCUGCCAGGCCGGAGCCCCUCAUCGACGAGGUGGACCUGGCAAACCUGGCUCCCAGGAAGCCGGACUGGGAUCUGAAGCGAGACGUGGCCAAGAAGCUGGAGAAGCUGGAGAAGAGGACGCAGAGAGCCAUCGCGGAGCUGAUCCGUGCGUGCGGGGCUGCCGGGGCUCCCCCGCGCCUGGGCUGCACCUCACCACUGCUGCUUCUCCUUGCAGGGGAGCGCUUGAAAGGGCAGGAGGAGGAACUGGCAUCUGCUGUGGGGUCAGUGAAGCAAGAGGGAAGCGACUCUGAGUGAGAAGUCCGUCCCACAGCCCUGGGCCUGGGCUCUGGGGCUUCGCCGCUGCCAUCCAGCGCGGUGCUGCCAGGGAGAGGCGCCUCGCUGGGACCUGCUGCUCACCAGUCCCCUGGGAAGCAGAGGGGCAGAGCUCAGGAGCCCUGCUGCCCCCUCUCCUCUGUGUUCCACCGAGGAGCACGUCACAGAGAGCUUUUGGGGACCGCAGAGGGAUGCUGGAAGCAGAGCAGACGCCCACGUUAGCUUGAACCUCAGCUGCCAAGACUCAGAGCAAGGAAGGUCUGAGCAAAAAGGGCCAAAGAAGGUAAAUUCAGCCUAACACUUGCUGGGGGAGCAAGAAGGUGCCCACACAGCCAACAGCAGCCUGUGGAGAGGCACAGCCGCUUCCCAGGGGACUGGUGCUGCUGUUCCAGUGCUGAGGUGCCUUGUCUGAGGUGCUCCUCUCCGUGGGAGGGCUGAUGCAGUGCCCCGUGGGGCACGACCACGUCUCACAGCUGUCUCUGAGUGUUUGGCAACAUCCACGCUCAGCCCCAGCACAUGCACUGCCAGGGGCUGUGUGGCUCAGGAUGAGGCCUCCAGCUGAGGUUAACGUGGGGUUUGUUCUGCUCCCUGAAGCUUCCCAGCGCCCCAGGCUCUGCAGCACCUGCUCUGUAGGGUUUGUCAUUCACCGAGCUUGUUGUUACCAAACCUUUUCUCAAUAAAAGAAUCCCUCAGUGGAAGGAGGGAGCUGUCA